AUGAAGUAUCUCGUGAUUGUUGCCCUAUUCUUCGUCUCCGCACAAGCACUUGACCCCAAAUACGUCGCAGAAGUUACGGAAAAAAUUACCAAUUUUGCAGAAACGUGUAUGGCAGAGACCAAAGCAACAAGUGAGGAUGUUGCCCAAAUGAUGGCUCACAAAAUUCCAGAGAGUCAUGAAGGAAAGUGCAUGAUCUCCUGUAUCUACAAAGCAUUCAAACUUCAAAAUGAAGAUGGAACCAUGAACCCUGACGAAACUCUAAAGAUCUUGGAGAAGAUUAAAGAAAGUGACGAAGAAUUAUACGAACAGUUGAUGAAAGUGUUCAAAAUUUGUCGAGGAAAGCCAGAACUUCUUGUCGCAGAUCCCUGCAUAACAGCUGUCAAUGUGGGGACAUGUGUAGUGACUGAAGGAAAAGCGCUCGGCAUCAAAUGCGAAAUAUUUGGAAUGUGA